UAGGGGAGGGGCUGUGAUCCUGGGUCUGGAAGGGGCUGAGCUGUGAGCUAUAAAGGGGGCAUCUCUCAGCACCAGGGCACUGACUCUAGGCAGCGUGACCUGAGGCCAGACGGGAGCACUCCAUGUACCAUCCACGAGAGUUGUACCCCUCUCUGGGGACAGGCUACCGCCUUGGGCCCCCCCAGCCGGGGACAGAUUCCAGCUUCCCGCCUGCCCUGGCAGAGGGCUACCGCUACCCUGAUCUGGACCCUCCCAAAUUGGAUUGCUUCCUCUCCGGGAUUGAAGCUGCUCCCUGCACCCUGGGUGCUGCCCCACCCCUGCCCCCGCUCCCCCCAGCCCUGGGCACUGAGCCAGCCCCCCCAGCCCCUGAGGCCCUUCAUGCACUCCCCGGAGUCAGCCUGAGCCUGGAGAACCGGGAGCUGUGGAAAGAGUUCAAUUCUGUGGGAACAGAGAUGAUCAUCACCAAAGCUGGGAGGCGCAUGUUCCCUGCUUGCCGAGUCUCAGUCACUGGCCUGGACCCCGAGGCCCGCUACCUGUUUCUUCUGGAUGUGGUUCCCGUGGACGGGGCUCGCUACCGCUGGCAGGGCCGGCGCUGGGAGCCCAGCGGCAAGGCGGAGCCCCGCCUGCCUGACCGCGUCUACAUUCACCCCGACUCUCCCGCCACGGGUGCCCACUGGAUGCGGCAGCCUGUGUCUUUCCAUCGGGUCAAGCUCACCAACAGCACCCUGGACCCCCACGGCCAUCUGAUCUUGCACUCCAUGCACAAGUACCAGCCCCGCAUCCACCUGGUGCGGGCCGCCCAGCUCUGCAGCCAGCACUGGGGGGGUGUCGCCUCCUUCCGCUUCCCCGAGACGGCAUUCAUCUCUGUGACAGCCUACCAGAACCCGCGGAUCACACAACUGAAGAUCGCCGCCAAUCCCUUUGCCAAGGGCUUCCGGGAGAACGGCAGAAACUGUAAGAGGGAGCGGGAUGCCCGUGUGAAGAGGAAACUGCGGGGCCCAGAGCCCGGAGCCGCAGAGGCCUAUGGGAGCGGAGAUGCACCAAGCGGCCCCUGCGACUCCACGCUGGGUGGGGACGUCCGUGAGUCGGACCCAGAGCAGGCCCCGGCCCCCCGAGAAGCUGCCCCGGCCCCAGCUCCUCCGUGCGGCGGCUCCAGCGCCGAAGCCUACCUGCUGCACCCCGCGGCUUUUCACGGAGCCCCCAGUCACCUUCCAACCAGGAACCCCAGCUUCCCUGAGGCUCCAGACUCGGGGCGUCCAGCGCCCUACUCGGCUGCGUUCCUGGAGCUGCAGCCUGGGCCAGGGGGCUCGGGGUACCCAGCUGCCGCGCCCCCAGCCCCCUUUGCCUCACACUUCCUCCAGGGGGGCCCCUUCCCCCUUGCCUACCCUGGCCCUGGGGCUUAUCUGGAUGUAGGCUCCAAACCAAUGUACUGAGGUGUCCCUGGGCCUCUGCGUCCCCCCCACCCCAUCUUCCAUCACAGACCUCUGCCGCCCUUCCCCCAGGCCUGUGGCCCCAUCCCUUCCACUGGCCCCAUCCCCCAUGCCAAAUGGCUGCCUGGGGCCUCCCCCACCCCACUUCACACUUUGAUUUCACUCCCACCCACCCCGGCUUCAAAGCUCUGGCUAAGCUGCUGGGAGUCCAGCUGGGGCCAGCUUCCCCUUCCAGGCUCUCACCUCGGUGUGAAUGGAGGGAGGCUCUGCCUGGCCAAAUGGGGCCACUGCCCAACACUCCCACCUCCUGAGCCUCACCCUUGGGCUCUGCAAGUUCUACCCACUCACCCCAGUGCAGGCCACACCGGUCCGCUGUCAGGACCAGAGUAUUUUUGUUAAUAAAACU